UCCCGCUUCCUUCUCCCCGGCUGAGAACCCGCCAUUUUGAAAACCUUGUUGAUUCCGGGAGGGGGAGAGAGAGGGAGAGAGAGAGAGAACUGCACACCAUGUCUGCUGUUGCUUCCUCUAAAGAAGAUACGAUGUCAUCUGAAAAAGCAGAUGAGAAACAAGCUGAGACUGAAAGCAAAGCUGAGGAAAGCGAGGAGGAUGAGGAGGAGGAAGAAGAGGAAGAAGAAGAAGAAAAGGAAAAGAGUCUCAUUGUUGAAGGAAAAAGGGAGAAAAAGAAGGUAGACCGAUUGACCAUGCAAGUGUCCUCGUUACAAAAGGAACCUUUUACAAUUACACCAGGAAAAGGACAAAAACUUUGUGAAAUUGAAAGGAUACAGUUCUUUCUGAGUAAAAAGAAGACAGAUGAACUUCGGAACCUGCACAAACUCCUCUACAACAGGCCAGGCACUGUUGCUUCCCUAAAGAAGAAUGUGGGUCAGUUCAGCGGGUUUCCAUUUGAAAAAGGAAGUGACCAAUACAAAAAGAAGGAGGAGAUGUUAAAAAAAUUUAGAAAUGCGAUGUUGAAAAGUAUCUGUGAAGUUCUUGAUUUGGAAAGAUCAGGAGUCAACAGUGAGCUGGUAACCAGAAUCUUAAACUUCUUAAUGCAUCCAAAGUCUUCAGGCAAGCCAUUGCCGAAGUCCAAGAAGACACCAAGCAAAGGUGGCAAGAAAGAACGCAGCAGUACUGGAACAACGAGAAAAACAAAACGCACCAAGUGUCCAGAGAUCUUGUCAGAUGAAUCAAGCAGUGAGGAAGAUGAAAAGAAGGAAAAGGAUGAUUCUUCAGAAGAGAAAGAAAGUGAAGAAGAGCCCCCUAGAAGAGCAUCUAAAAGAGAAAGAUCUAAAAAGGUGACUUCCAAACCCAAGAAAACUGUGAAGGGUGCUAAUGUCAAGAAGGCGGAUAGCAGCACUACUAAAAAGAAUCAGAACAGUUCUAGGAAAGAAAGCGAAUCGGAGGAUAGUUCAGAUAAUGAACCUUUAAUUAAAAAGCUGAAGAAACCACCCACGGAUGAAGAAAUUAAGGAAACUGUCAAGAAAUUGUUGGCCAAUGCAAAUUUGGAGGAAGUCACAAUGAAACAAAUCUGCAAGGAGGUGUAUGAGAAUUAUCCCAGUUAUGACUUAUCUGACAGGAAAGACUUCAUUAAAGAAACAGUCAAAGAGAUACUGAACACACAGUACUGACGAGAUGCAUCUCCAGGGUCAGAAUGCAAAAGGGCUGGCAUUAGCACACUGAAAGCCACAAACAACUUGAGAACAAGGAGUUCAAAGAAGUCCGAUUGUCUCCCAAGUCCUAAAAUGUCAAGCUCAGAGCCUCACCUCGGACUGCAUAACAUUCCAACAACAAAGUGAUCAAGAAUUUCGGCAGUAAACGGCGGUUUCAUUUUCCAUCUUGAAAGCAAGUUUAGCUUCCUCAGGUUACACUCAGAUGCUCUUGGUUUCACAGAAACAAGGCGUGUUCCAGAGGACACCAUUAAUAACAUCAAUAGGCUUAUACUAAGCUGAAGAUACACUCUAUCAGAAUUAGCAACUUGUGCGGUAGAACCUUAACCACAAACUGAACAACCUGUGACACUUUCCUGGCAUCUUAAGACUGGUAUCAGUGUCCUUCAGUUCUCCCUCUACACUUGGAAAUGCAGGGGUUUUUCAAAAUGUGGUUAGAAUUCCAAACAGCAAGCUUAGAAGAGCCCAUGAAAAAAUGCAAAUAAAAAUAAACAAACCUUUCGGCUGCGCUGGCAAAGCAAACAGGACACGUUGCAGUGCAUCCAGCUUUCUCACAUUUCCUGUAUUUCUUUUCUGAUGCAUCAUCAUCAUCAUCUGUUGCCUCGGCUGCUUUCUUCUUCACCUAAUAAAGAAUAGCUGAAAUCUGACCAGAAAUGACACAGAUGUGUUUUCUAACAGAGGCAUACAGGCAGUUCUGCAUCCUGUGGCAUGGCAUUGAAUAAAGAACACAAACCAAACUUUCUGAAGCCACUGUGAGAUAGCUGCAGCAUGAAGCAGCUGUCAAAUUAGGUCAUUUUUUCUAUCUCUCCCCCAGAAAAAAAAACAGAACAGUAAAGAUGAAGAUAUCAUUUAAAGCUAAAAAUGUCUUGCCUUAGCUUAACUGAUACCAUUGAAGAAAUUAUAAGAAAAGCCUCUGGUUUAAAUAGCAUUUUGAGCUCCAUCACAUGCUAAUGAGUCAAGCCUCAGGCAUUCUUUUUAUUCCACCUUCAAAAAAAUCUCUCCUUCACGUACUUACUGACGUUAAUUAGCCGUGAUCUUAUCUGCACCUCAAACAAAAUAUUAGGGCUGGUUUGGAGGAAUAUUUUUUUUGGACUCCAGAUACAAAACUGUAUACCAAAUACCUCUUAUGGGCUUCAGAGAUGCUGUGUAUCACAUUAAUUUGGGUCUUGGACAGCCUGGUUCAGCUGCACAGAAAGCUCUGGUUGUAUUUUUAACACAUCAAGAAUUUUCAAGUUAUACGGAGCAUUUGUCUCUUCCGAAUACUGUUGAUAAAAAAGCAGCUUUGCCUACUUCUUCACAGAACUGAUUCUCCCUCUUCCUGCAAAAACGUUCCAUCCCUGAAGUAUCCACAGUGAAACAUCUUCUUUAUAAGUGUUAACAGAAAAUAAAAAUACAAGAGUGUCAAAUUGUCAUAAAUACCUGUCUUCCAGAACUCCUCAGAGGAAGGCUGUCUGGAGACUGCUCUGAAGAACAUGCCUUUUUCUUUGUUCGUACCCUUCCAGCUGACAUUGUAUUAUUAGACCUGUAAAGAAAAAGGUAGGGAGCAGUUAAGAAAAAAAAAAUAAGAAUUGGUUGAAUUUGCAGAGCUAUCCAAUCACCUGGACGGCACAGCCUCACUUACACUGCUUCUCCUGUCAGAGAAACAUGGACAAGAAUCUGUUCAGCCUACCCAGUAACUCAGGAUGGAAAUGAAGGUGGCAUUAUGGGGAAAUGAACAACGAUCUUAUUCUAAACUAAAUUCAGAGUUAAGAUUAGAUCCUUGAGUACAUCUUGACGGACUGUUCCAGAUCAGCAUACCCUGGAUUUCAGUAAUCUGAUUUGCAUUACGUGAUGAUCUGGACUAGAAUUAGGGUCAGCAAUGCGAGUAGACUUCAAUUCACAAUGCGAGCUCUGAAAUCCAAGCCUUCACAGUGCUCUUCUCCUUGACAACUGAUUUAUUGGUAGCAACAGAACUGCGUGGUACAGCACUUUUAUUCAGAUGUUCACCACCAAAUGAAACACCAGUUCCAAAACUGGGAUUGUUUAGAUUGGAGGAGACUCUGGAGAGACCUUAUAGCUCUACCUCUGAAAGGAGGUUGUAGAUAAGCGAGGGUCAGCCUCUUCUACACAGCUGGUGAGAGGAUGAGAGGUAAGGGCCUCAAGUUGCACCAGGGGACAGGGGUUGGAUGGGAGAAAGAGGGGUCAGGCACUGGAAUGGGCUGCCCAGGGAGGUGGCUGAGUCACUGCCCCUGGAGGUGUUCAAGAACCAUUUAGACACUGCACUGAGAGACGCGGUUUAGUGGGGAAGUAUUGGUGGUAGCUGGGUGGUUGGACUGAAUGAUUUUGGAGGUCUUUUCCAACCUUGGUAAUUCUAUGACUCACACACCCUCCUGUGAACGUGCAUCAGAAUUUAGGGUCUAAACAGCAGCAGCUGCAUUGUGAUGCUAGUUAACUGGGAGAUCACAAAUGCAGUUACUAAACUGCUUCAGGAGAGAAGUUCUACACCAGAAGGCAAAUCCAUGCUUAUAUUUCACUACAUCCCUGGGAACAGGAAGAAGGCCACAGUUCAUCAUGUAAUCUGGAAAGCACGGAGUAUGAGAAAGUACACUGCAGAAAUGGGAAAGCAUAUGUAAAACA